AUCAAAGAGUAGAGUGAUCAAUUGAACCUAAUUGUCCCCUUUCUGAUCUACCUAUAGAUAAAUUAAGCACAUCUGUAACAUUGUUUUUUUCUGCAUGUUUAUGCUAUUGCAUAGAUGUUCAUCUUUUAUCGAAAUGCUGAAAAUUUCCCAACGGAAAUUUUAAAAUUUUGUCCCUUUUCGUUUCGUAUAUUGUGUGUGCUUAGUUACUCUCGGAUGUUAUCUGAUCUUGUUAUGAGACUUGGACAUAACUUGUGUUUGGUUUGUAGGCGGAAGAAAGUAUAUGAGACUGACUUUAUGGGUUCUAGAGAUUUCAUCAGCAGUUUGCCGGAUGAGGUUCUUGGCAAAAAUAUCCUGUCUUUACUUCCGACAAAACUCGUUGUUUCCACAUCUGUUCUGUCCAAGAGGUGGAGGAAUAUGUUCCUUUUUGUAGACAACUUUGACUUGGAAGACCCAACAUCUCUCAGAAACGAUGGCUUCUCUGAUUUCAUGGAGAAAACAGUGGCUGUGCUAAACAAUUGUCCCAUCAAGAAACUCACUCUGAAUUGCCACUAUGAACAAUCUAGUGUUAACCGUUGGAUUUUCCGUGCCCUCGGACGCGGCUGCUUGGAACUAAUCUUGCAAUGCCGAUAUGGUCAUUCUCUGAAUAUAAGGAUCUUCAGGAGAAACACAUUGGUUAAACUCACACUAUCUAGUAAUCGAACUGUUCUUGAAGAGUAUGUUCCACUUCAUGAGGGCAGAGUGUUUUUCCCAGCGCUCAAGACACUUUCUCUCGGUGCAGUUGUGGCUGAUCGAGCUCUGUAUAAUUGGUUCAUCUCUGGAUGUCCUGUGCUCGAGGAGUUAUUCAUACGUGAUGUUGGUGAUGGUGAUGACCAGCCAACUUGGACGAUGUCUGUGUUUAGUGCUUCCCUCAAGCGACUCACGAUUUUCUUCGACUUUCCUCAUAACAUAGAACCUUAUAAAGACGAUGUUGAGAUCCAGACACCUAAACUUGAGUUUCUUGACUACUCUGCCCUUCUCUCCGAUGAUUUUGAAGUUGAUUACCUCGAUUCGCUUGCCGAAGCUAGACUGGAUCUUCGAUUGUGGGAGUUAAAUACCACAACUCAGUUGGGUGAUGUUGCAAAUUUGGUUGCCGCGAUAAGAAAUGUCAAGACCCUUCACCUCUCUUCCGGUUCUCUUGAGGCGUUUUACUACUGUUGUGAUACCAUGCUGGUCUUCGACAGACUCCAUCAUCUAUCUAUUGAGAGCGACGAGGAAAACGGUUGGCAGGGAUUGCCUCGUCUGCUUUUGAAAUCUCCAAAUCUACAAACUCUACUUAUAAAGGGUCUUGUGCACAAAGUUACUAAUAGAUGUGGAAACGUAUGCGCUUGCACUAACAAGCCUAAGAAAAAUUUCUCGUACAAACGUUAUAUAGAUAGAAGUCCUUCUGAUGAAAUGGAGGGAAUGUGUUGUUUAUCGACAUGUCGAGUCAAAGUGCUAGAGAUUUUAGGCUAUGGAGGAAGUUCUAGAGAGAUGAAACAAAUGUGGCAUUUCUUGGGAAAAUUGAAAUAUCUUGAAACUGUGAAAAUUGGUGUUGAAGAAGACACUAACAACAUUGGGUUAUUGCGCGACAAUCUAAUGGCUCUUAAUAGAGCUUCAGCAAACAAGUGCAACAUCCAGUUCAUCUGAUUUCUCUCUCUGCUCUGGCUGUGAUGGUAUUUUGGACAAGACUAAAAACAACUUAAAUAUGGGUUGUUGUUUAAUUAUAUAUUUUGCGUAAUUUUUUGGUUUAGUGAACUUUGAUCCACGAUGAAUUCAGUUGUAAUUGUUUUCAUAAGUGUUUAACUGUAAUUUGUCAUUUGUAGAAUCUUCAUUGUAACACCCUCUUUUUUGAAAAACCUU